AUGAAAAGCGAGAACAACCACAGGGUUCAGGGAAUGUGGAUGUUGUUGAUGCGUACUGCCGGUAGCGAGAGGCGGAGAGAAGUGUGGUUCAUUGUGAAUGGUGUUGUCAUCCGUUAUGGGCUGAGGGAACAUGGUUUGAUAUAUGGGCUAUUCUGCCACAACUAUCCUCUCGGCUACAAAAAGCUUGGUGGGACGAAGUUCGUUGAUCGACAUUUCAAGGAAGGAGAACUUAGAAGGUUGGAGGAUGUUAAGAAGAAGCUAGUGAACAUGGGACCCCACAAAGACAGACUGAAGAUGGCGGUUAUAUUCUUCCUAACUUCUGUUGUUUGCGCGCAAACGAAGGUUGUACACAAGGCUAAUCCUGUGUUGGAGGUGUUCCAGAGAGCAGUGGAUGAUCUUGACCACUGCCAGUCCUUUCCAUGGGGGAGAUUCUCCUAUGAUUACAUGCUGAAGGAUAUCUCUCACACAAUGAAGCAUUUUGGAGGGGUGGUGAAAGAAAAUACAUUAUGGCCGCUUCCAGGUUUCUGUGUUCCACUAGAGCUUCUUGCAUUCGAGGCAAUUCCUAAGCUAGGAAUGGCGUUCAGAGAACCUGUUGAAGGAGCUGAUAUCAACUGCCCGAGGAUGUGCAAGUCCUCAUUCAAACGAAAUGGAAUGACAGCGGUGUCACUUUCUGCGAUAAACAAGGAAUUGUCUAACACAACCGUAAGUUUACCUGUGAACUAA